AUGGCGCACGGGCAGGAGUCUUCGACGCAGGCCGCCGCCGGUGGCGCCGCGCCGCUGUGCGCGAACGGCUGCGGGUUCUACGGGAGCGAGGCGGCCAAGGGCAUGUGCUCAAAGUGCUACCGCGACCACCUCAAGGCCGGAGAUGUGGCUGCCCCCGCCGUCGAGGGGAAGCUCACGUUCGACGACCUCAUCCUCGCUUUCAAGAAGUCGAUGAGCCUGCAGGACUCUACCGCGGCACCGGCGGCGGAGGCGGCAGCCAAGAAGUCGGCGCCAACCAGGUGCAUGGCGUGCAAGAAGAAGGUGGGGCUGCUGGGGUUCGCUUGCCGUUGCGGUGGCACCUUCUGCUCGCUGCACCGGUACGUGGACGGGCACGCAUGCGGCUUCGACUACAAGAAGGUCGGCCGGGAGCUGAUCGCGCAGCAGAACCCUCUCGUCGUGCCGUCCAAGCUCCGCAACAAGAUAUGA